AUGAGGUUCUGCUUCGUCUAUGCCAUUUGGCUUGCGGCUACAGCCACAGCCGGAGCAAUUGUGAACAGAGAAACUCCCUCCACCCUACCCGACGCUGCAACCGCUUCCCCAACUGCAUCUGGCCACAAGGCUGUCCUCGCUGCGCAAGCAAUUGCUAAGUCGAGAAGUCCUGUAAGCCACGUUCCCGGAAAAGCAUUUGAUCGAUACGUAACUAUCUGGUUUGAAAACACUGAUUAUGAAACCGCUGCUGCAGACCGUACGCUCCCCCCCCCCCCCAAAAAAAUAAAAAAAAAUGAUUACUUCGGUCUUGACGGUGACCCAUUCAUUGUUGUUCCUGAAAAUGUUUCCUCGGUCGUCGACCUCCUUGAGGACAAAGGAAUCACAUGGGGAUUGUACCAAGAAGAUAUGCCAUACACUGGAUACCAAGGGAUGGAUUGGCGCAACGAGGUUACCGGUGCUAACGCCUAUGUUCGCAAACACAACCCUGAGGUCCUCUUCACCAACGUCGCCAACAAGCCUGAACGUCUCGAAUUGAUCAAGAACACCACCAUGUUUGCCUCUGACCUCGCCGCAAACAAAUUACCCCAAUGGUCCUUCAUCACCCCCAACAUGACCUCAGACGGACACGACAGCUCCGUAACCGUCGCAGGCCAAUGGCUCCAAGAUUUCCUCGGACCCCUCCUCAAAGACCCCCACUUUAUGAACAACACCCUCGUCCUCGUCACCUUCGACGAGAACGAAAUCUACUCCCGCCAAAACCGCGUCUUCUCCAUCCUCCUCGGCGACGCCAUCCCAAAAGAUCUCAUCAACACCACCGACUCCAACUACUACGACCACUACUCUCAACUCGCCACCGUCCAAGCCAACUGGGAUUUGCACACGCUCGGUCGCUUCGACGUAGGCGCCAACGUCUUUUCCUACGUCGCCCAGCUCACUGGCGACAAGGUCCGCAGCUGGACAGACGGCGCCUUGGAAUCCCGUUUCUUCAAUUACAGUUACCCUGGUAUUCUCGCAUCGAACGUAGGAUGGGCUCCUCAGCCUGUACCAAAUACCGAGUUGGUGGUUAAUGAGAGAACGGUUUUGCCUGCUAUUAAGAAGUAUUGGGAGGGUAAGGAUAAGGAUACUAUUUAUCAGGGACAGUUGGAGAUUCCGGAUGGGUUGAAUUUUGAACCUAAUGCGUAA